ACCUCUCGCCCCUCUGUCCGUUCUGUCAAGUCCGUAAACUCGGCAAAAUCGAAUUUUCCGUAGUAUUAUUUUUCAAUUGAUUUGUAUGAAAGAAAUAUGCAAUAAUGCAUAACCCUAAUUGGUAAUUCUAAUGGUGACGUGUACAAAAGUCGUUUUCAGAAGUUGUUGCUGAUAUUAAGUGUAUUAUGGUGUCUAACGAAAUGCAGUCGUCACUAGAUGAUUUAGUCCAAUAUACACAGCUAUUUAAGCCUGUAGCGACUGUUCUGCAAGGGACAGUGCUGCCCUUUCUCAUAUUAUAUCCGGUGAUAUUUUAUUCAUGGAUUGUGGUGUACGGUUUCGAGGAUAACGUGGAGGCUGGGUUCGUGGUCGUCGCGGUCGUGGCCACGAUUCAAAUCCUCGUUUGUUUAUGUUGCUAUUGGAGUGUUCACAUUCAAUGUUUCCUGUCGUGUUCUAAGGUAAAAGACCCCAUACAAGCGGAGAUUGUCAAAGUGGUUCCUACUCCGAAUAAUGGAUUUUCUGAAAUCGUCAAGUUACAUCAUACUAAGUCCACAAAGAAAGGCAGUCUCAACCCUGAUGUAUGGUUCAUGUUCCAAAAGAGUAAAUAUGUUUACGACUGGGAUAAGAAGACCUUUAGCACGGUGGAGUUCCCAAUUAAUAAAACACACGACCACUACUUGGAAUCCAAAGGGUAUGCAGAUGAUGAGGCUAUUGAAACGGCUGAAAAGGAAUUUGGGAAGAAUGAGAUGAUUAUGGUGGUACCAGAAUUCAUGGAACUAUUUAAAGAAAGGGCAACCGCACCAUUCUUUGUGUUCCAAGUGUUCUGUGUAGCUCUGUGGUGCCUUGACAAGUACUGGUACUAUUCCAUAUUCACCCUCGUCAUGUUGGUCAUGUUUGAGUGCACCCUGGUCCAACAACAGCUUAGGAAUAUGUCAGAAAUCAGAAAAAUGGGCAACAAGCCAUACAACAUUAAUGUUUAUAGAAACAGGAGAUGGCGACAGAUGUUAAGUGACCAGUUGGUGCCUGGAGACAUUGUCUCUAUCACACGCUCCAUCAACGAAAACCUUGUACCAUGUGAUAUAGUACUGUUAAGAGGUUCCUGUAUAGUAGAUGAAUCUAUGUUAACUGGCGAGAGUGUCCCACAAAUGAAGGAGCCUCUAGAAAAUGAAAAGAACACACAACAGCACUUAGAGCCAGAGGGAGAUGGAAAAUUACAUAUGCUGUUCGGUGGUACUAAAAUUGUACAACAUUCGUCACCGAGUAAAACAUCAGGUCUGAAAGCACCUGACAAUGGAUGCAUUGGUUAUGUCAUUCGGACAGGAUUUAACACCUCACAGGGUAAACUUUUAAGGACCAUUUUGUUCGGAGUCAAAAGAGUCACUGCCAAUAAUCUAGAAACCUUUGGGUUUAUUUUGUUUUUGUUAAUAUUCGCGAUCGCAGCCGCUGCAUAUGUUUGGGUGAAGGGCUGUGAGGAUCCUACAAGAAAUCGUUAUAAGUUAUUUUUGGAGUGCACUUUAAUAUUAACAUCUGUUGUUCCACCAGAACUGCCUAUAGAGUUGUCUUUAGCCGUGAACACAUCUUUGCUCUCCCUAUCGAAACUAGCAGUAUUUUGUACAGAACCAUUUAGAAUACCGUUUGCUGGUAAAGUUGAGAUUUGCUGUUUUGACAAAACCGGCACAUUGACCAGCGACAACUUAGUUGUAGAAGGCGUAGCUGGCAUCGGCGAGCAUAAAGACGCCACAGUCAUUCCACUCUCUGAAGCUCCUAUGGAAACAAUACAAGUGUUGGCGUCUUGCCACUCACUCGUUCAACUGGACGACGGAAUAGUCGGAGAUCCAUUAGAAAAGGCCACUUUGAAGGCUGCCGAAUGGAACUUAACUAAAGGGGACGCUAUAGUGCCAAAGAAGGGAAAAUCGCCCGGUCUGAAGAUCGUCCACAGAAACCAUUUCGCAAGUGCCCUUAAAAGGAUGUCAGUGAUCGCCGGUUACCAGGUGACCGAGCGAGGGUUCAUAGAGACUCACUAUAUCAGCAGCGUCAAGGGCGCGCCAGAAACGAUCAAGUCUAUGCUGAAGGAGGUUCCUAGUCAUUACGACCACGUUUAUUUGACGUUGUCGCGCAGGGGCGCCAGGGUCUUAGCAUUAGGUUAUAGGAAUUUAGGAAAGUUAAGCUCUCAAGAAAUCCGUGAUUUAUCAAGGGAAGAUAUAGAGUCCGAUUUGACGUUCGUCGGCUUCGUAAUCAUUUCGUGUCCACUGAAAGCGGACUCGAAAAAGGCUAUAGCGGAGAUAGUUCACGCAUCGCAUUCCGUAGUUAUGAUAACUGGUGACAAUCCUUUAACGGCAUGUCAUGUGGCUAAAGAAUUGAAUUUUACGCAAAAGGAAGUUCUCAUUUUAACUCAAACUAAAGAAGAAUGGGGAUGGAAAUCUAUAGAUGAAGAAGUCUUUUUACCAGUACAGCCGUUUAAGAAGAGCAAGCAGUUGACUUCUAAGUUCGAUCUGUGUGUUACCGGCGAGGGUCUGAGCCAUCUGAAUGAGAGUUAUUACAAGUUUAUGAUAGAGCUGAUGCCUCACAUAAAGGUGUUCGCGCGGUUCGCGCCGAAGCAGAAGGAGUUUGUUGUGGUGACGUUGAAGGCCCUCGGGUACUCCACCCUCAUGUGCGGUGAUGGUACUAACGAUGUGGGAGCGCUGAAACAUGCUGAUGUGGGCGUAGCGAUCCUCGCAAACGCGCCCGAGCGGCUGCGCUCUUGCCCCUUGCCGGCGCCGGAGCCCGAGCCGCCGCUGCGGCGCCCGCGCGACCCGCGCGACCCCCGCGCCGAGGCCGCGGCCCGCCUGCGCCGCGCGAUGAAGAAGUUGGAGGAAGAGGAUCAACCGCAGUUGGUCAGAUUAGGGGACGCCAGCGUCGCUGCGCCGUUCACUAGUCGGCUCUCUAGUAUUUUAUGCAUUUGCCACAUUAUCAAGCAAGGGCGAUGCACUCUGGUCACCACUCUGCAAAUGUUCAAGAUCCUAGCCCUCAACGCCCUUAUACUGGCCUACAGUCAAUCGGUGUUGUAUCUCGACGGGAUCAAGUUCAGCGACACACAGGCGACCCUGCAAAGCUUGCUGUUGGCUUCGUGCUUCUUAUUCAUAUCGCGGUCUAAGCCUCUAAAGCAGCUGUCGAAACAACGCCCGCUGCCGAACAUCUUCAACGUGUACACGAUAAUGACCGUGCUCACACAGUUCGCGGUGCACUUCCUCUGUCUCGUUUGCUUAGUCCGUGAGGCCACGGAGCGGUCGCCUGGCAGAGACACGAAGCCGAAGUUAGACAUGGACUUGGCGGAGGACGAGGAGCGUGAAUUCGCGCCUGAUCUGCUCAACAGCACCGUCUACAUCAUAUCCAUGGCGCUGCAGAUAUCCACCUUCGCGAUCAACUAUAGGGGCGAGCCGUUCAUGGAAGGCCUACGAGACAACAAGCCGCUACUGUACAGCAUCGUGGUGUCCGGCGGCGCCGUGCUAGCACUGGCCGCGGGAAUACUGCCAGAUCUUUCCAGUAUGUUCGAGAUCGUCUACUUCCCGCCAGAUUACCGGCUCAUCUUAGUCCAAGUCCUAAUAGCGGACAUGGUGUUCGCGUACCUAGUCGACCGCGCCUGCCUGUGGCUGUUCGGCGAAGGCCGCUCGCUCGCGACCUAGCGUCCGGUCUCAAGCUGUUUUGUAAGCUCGCGUAUUGUAUUAAGGUUAAUUUUAAACGUAUCGGAAUGAGAAUCGACUACUGGAAAAUGAUUGGUGGCAGGGAUUGUGCAUAUACGGACUGUUUUUCAACCCUAAGUCAAAUUUUCCGAGGUUAUAUAUAUGCUGAAUAACUUAUAUGUACAGUCGCCAUCAGAUAUAUCGGAGCGGCCAAGGCGCUCACAAAUAUCUGAACACGCCUCUAUUGUCAAGGCGUUAGAGUGCGUGUUCAGAUAUUGUGAACACCUUGGCCGCUGCGAUAUAUCUGAUGGCGACUGUUCCAUAUUACCAACCCUGAAACCGCGAAAUUUAGCCAAGUUUUUUUUUCGUAAUUUCAAGAUUUGUCCCAAGUAAAUGUUGCUCAGGACAUUUUCAACUCAUAAAACAUAGAGAAGUGUUAAAAAACACCCUCUAUGGGCCUGCGUCUUAGUGCCCAAAAGGUUUCGAAUCACUUUUAUAUCAUUUUACCAAUUAUACCAUUGCAACAGAAAAUCAAUGUUCGAGAGGUUGUGGUGAGGAGGUGCCUUUCCAGCCUGUUGUGACUCUCGUCUUCAGUUAGUAUGUUACAAUAACCUGCAGAAAAAAGUUCGAUUUUAUCAUUUUAACUAAAAUCAGCUCGUACAAGAGUAGUUAAUUUUCUCUCCGACACGGUUAUUGUUUAUAUAUAAAUUCGUAUCGGUCUCCGUGAGGGUUGAUCUCGUAUCGAGACUCGAUAUGACGCUCAAAUAUAUUAUUGCAUUUACCUGUAAGUAUGCCGAGUGGGGCUCGCACUACUAGUCGCUAUUUUGAAUCACACAAAAAAGUUCAUUACUACCUACCAAAAAGAAUAGAUAGUAUAGAGGGGUCCUGUCAUAGAAAGUUUUGCAGUCAUAGUCAAUUUACUGCCAUCGAUCAACACACGACUAAAACUCAAGAUGAAAACGUAUAGAAAUAUAAAAAAAAUGUAUAUAUAUGGAUAAAUGAUUUUAUUAUUUUUAUAUCAUUUUGUACCAUGUUCAUUCACUGAUAUCUAUUUGUUAAAAUUGUUAAAUAUGAAACGGUGUCGUCACGCCAUCUAGCCGAGUAUAGGCUAAAGGUGUGUGCGGCAUCUAUUCGAGAAUGCCUUUUUCUUCAUUUCCGAGGCACGUUUUUUCCUAAGACUUUAUUCGUCUUAUACGAAGUUACAUAUGUCUUUGAUUACUACUAAUGGCGUUAUUCAUAAACGCGUUACUGGCCAGAAUUAACUAUUAAUCGUUUGUCUGUAUCUGUCAUUUUGACUGAUGUAUUUGUAAGAAAGGGAUAAAAUAUAAUUUAACUAAAUCAGGUACCUAAAGUUAUAUGAAUAAGGGGGUAAGUUGAUACAAAGUUACGUUUUUUUUUAACCCUUUGACCACGUGCGACACGUCAUCAUGAACCUUGUCGUGCACGAAUGUUAAUAUUAGGCUGUUGCCACGCGCGUCAUUUAACAUCUUUGGUGGUCAAAUGGUUCAAAUAUUGUGAUUAUAGCCUACUUCCUUAGUAUGAACCUUUUAAAACGAUCGAAUAUUGUUGUGUCCUAAGUAAUAUUAUGAAUAUUAUGAUUUAUGUAGGUAUAUAUUUCUUAAUGCCACUUGCACCAUCCCACUAACCCGGGGUUAACCGGUUACACCGUUAACCCAGUGUAACCAUAGUAACACCGGGUUUUAACCGGUUAAUCCGGGUUAAUUAAUGGUGCAAGUGACAGUAGCCCUUAGUGACUUUUGGUUGUCAAAAUAUACUUAAAGUAUUAAUUAAUUACUUCAUUACUCUUGCAUUUAUGCAAAUAUAUUGAUGUUACUUAUUGUGGCGAUACGGUCUAGCGACUAUUAGUGUCGAGUCCCAGUUAAUGAAUGUGUCAGUGGUAUUCUAUUUAUGUACUAAAUGUGUAGUAAAUUAUUAAAGCAUUGUCUAUUUUGGGCCCGAGGCAUGUAAGAAAAUAAAGUUUUCUGACAAACA